CCACCGGUACCAUGCCUAUCAAAACCAUCAUGAUGCACCAGGACCAAGUGCUUCGUCAAAGUUCAUAAUUACGUCUGGUCCCACAUGCUGUGGUCCCACUGACUCAUGCGUCUAGCUUCAAGAGCCAACCGAUACAUUGAUCGAGGUUAACAAUUGGGGAUUGACGAAGGUUAUGAGGGUGUUAGCACAAUGUUGCGUUGCACUACAUCGAUUGUGCUGUGGUUGUGGGUUCGACCAGGCUCCAGAGGUCUGGAUCUGAGGCUAUGGAAGAAUAAGCCACGGAGCAGCUCAGUUGCGUUUGAGGCGGAUAUUUACUAUGCCCUGCUGCAUGGAAUACCGGUUAGAAGGGCCUCUAGUCGACCUUGGGAAUGUCCUGGAUACAUGCCAGGCGCAAUAGGCUCAGUUGAGCCCAGUUCGGGAUUUUGCCGGUAUUGUAGCACCAAAGGCCACUUAAGCGCUGUUAAGAGAUUUAUCAGGCUAACAUUGGUGGAAGUCUUGGGCAAUUCUACACGAAGUAAGCUGAACUUGUCGAAUAAUUUCAGCUCUGGAAGCUACAAUAUUUCCCUCGGAAAUGCAGUGUAUUAUGAACUAUAAGCGUUUCGACGAAGCGAACAGAAAAGGAAUUAAUAUGAAGCAAACUAAAUGACAACCGAGGGGAAGUAAAGCAUGAGCACCGUGCU